GUUGUAUAAUAGACAGCUGUUAAUGACAUCAUCCUCACGCGACAGCUCUCUUUUGCUGCUUCAACCACAAUCGUCAGUUUCUAGCUUGUAGGAUUAACACAUCAACUUCAUGUAACGAAGUGUAGUGUGCAAUUUCAGAGUGCUCAUUCAUUUCUGUAAUUGACAGGUUGGACGUUGACUGUCGAGCUCUCAACUCUCUCUUAUGACGUUCCGGAUUUGACACAAGGUCUCACAUCUGCAUUGAGCUAUACUCCAACAAGCACAACUACCAGCACCACCGACACCGAUAUAAUACACACUCAAGACCUACCUCAAAAUGUGGCCCUUAUCCAAGAACCACCCCUCCAAAACAAACGGCUCCUCCAAAAAUUCCAUCGCCCAGCCGUCCUCGAAACCAACUGCCUCCUCUCAGAAUCCAAUGCCACCAUAUCACCCAUCCGCAAGACCAGGCUCCACCUCCGGGAUCCCAAUCCCACAAACAAUCACCACUGCGACACAACUCCUCGCCCCGGGCAGGGCACCCCCCUCAUCAGCGCACCCCCCACUAUCCCAGCGCCACCAACAAUACCCCCCCAAACCACCACCACUCCAACAACAGCAACAAGACGAGCAACUCCUCCUCCUCCAACAACAACAACAGCAGCAGCAACAGCAACAACAACAGCAACAGCAACAACAACAGCAACAGCAACGCUCCCGGCCCCCCACCCCCCUCAAGAAACAAAGCAGCGGCGUCGCCUCCACCCUCUCCAAGCGCCCCUCCGGCGCAAAAACCCCCACCACACCGGGAAGGGGACACUCCUAUACCAACAGCGGCGGCAGCGGAACCAGCAUCGCCAACUUUGGGCGCUGGGGCCGCCGCAGCCUGCCUUCCCCGCCUGACUCGCUCGCUGGGAACGGCGAAGCGGGUGCUGCGACACAGCUGGGGGAGCGGAGGAGCUGGGGCGCAACAGGGCCCGGGGAGCGGAGGAGUUGGGGAGCGGCGGGGACGGGGGGACUGGGGGCGGCUGGGGCGGCGGGGCCGCCGAGCGAGCAGAGGAGGAGUUGGGGGGCGGGGAAUGGGGAGAGGGGGAUCGGGAGGGUGGCGGCGAAGAUUAAAGCUGCGGUGGGGAGUAAGGUCGGGAGUCAGGUCGAGAGUUUGAGUGGGAGGGGUGGUGGGGAGGGGGAGGGGAAGAGGAAGAGUGGUGUUAGUAGUGCGGCUGUGUCGCCGACGGGUUCACCUGGCGAUAGUGAUGGUGGGGUACCAGAGCCAAAGAGCGGGUGGAGCGACAAGGUGAAGGGGAGAAGGAAGAGGAGUUCAAGGUGGCGGGCAAAGAAGGUGGAUGAGGAUGUGAUGCCACCGGGGAUGUUGCCGGGGACGGGGGGGCUGGCGAAUAGGCCGUGGGGACGGCGGGCGAUCUGGGGGCGGCGGGCGAGCGCGAGCGAGAAGGGGGAGGAGGGGGAGGAGAAGAAGAAGAAGGUUGGGGGGUUCGUUACGAUGCUGGAUGCUAGUCCGGCGCCGAUUAGGUUGCCUGGUUAUGAGAAGGUGUCGAGGAAGUCGGGGGAAUUGGAGGGGGCGAAAGAAGACGUGAAGGGGAAAGAGGCGGAAGAGGAGGAACUGGAGGAGGGUGAGGAGGAAGACGAGUGGGAUGAGGAUAGUUUGGUACGGCUGUCCGACUGGUGGAGACAGAUGCUUGGGAAAGGGAAGGAUCCAACCUGGCAGGAACUAGAUAUGAUGUCCGCCUUCCUGACCGAUCUGUACGAUGAGGAAACACCCUCUCUGGAGAUGAUCCUGACAACGCGGUUGCACAAGCUGCUCGAGGCGCUGAUUAAGGCGGCCGGCGAGCAAGGACUGCGCUACGAGGGGAAGAGGUACCGCAAGAUCGCGCGCAAGGCGACCGAGAUAAGGGACAAGUGGAUGAAUGAUAUGGGCAGCCAUCUAUACGAUAUGCGGAAGGAGCGGCGGAAGAUGCUGGAAGGUGAGAAGGGGAGGCUUGCGAGAGUGCAUAUGCGCCCGGUGGGCGAGCAUAGCUCGCGGUGGGUGGUGGAAGGGCACGGCGUGGAGGAGGGCAUCGAGUUCGAGCCUGGAAUGUGGUGGCUGAACGACGCGUGCGCCGAACGCGAUGGUAUGCUAACGGACACUCGCGGCAACGUAUCCGUGUCGCCGCAAUCGGUCUCUGUGGUGACGCUGGCGUUUGGCGAGGAGAUGCCGACGCAAAAGCCGACAAUCACGCGGUUUACGCACUGCGGUCGCAUCGAGACGAUGAUGCUGCCGCUGAUGCGGGCGCUGGAUAAGCGCGUGCAGGUGCUGCGGCGGUAUACUCUCAAGUCGCGGCUGGCUCCCGAGGCUGGGCUGCGGUAUGACGGGUUCUAUGAUAUUGUGUUGUAUAGUUUCCAGCGGUUGUCGUGGGAUGAGAGCGUCUUCAGGGUGGUGGUUGAGUUUGAGAGGUGUCUGGGGCAGAGACCGAUGGAUACGGUGCUGGCUGUGCCGAUACCGAGUAUGCUGGAUGAUUGGGAUAUUUACCAGGAGAUCAAGGAUGAUAGCAUGAGACGCAGCGUGGGGGAGGUGUGGUAUCGCCAGAGCUUGAGUAAGGAGAGGGAGGAGGAGAGGGAUCGCUUGAGCUGGCAUCAGGUGCGUGCCGAUGAGGAUAGGAGAAGGGCGGAGGAGGAUAAGAGGAGGGAGAAGGAGGAGGAGCGGCGGGCGGAGGAGGAUGAGAGGAGGGCGGUGGAGGAUGAGAAGAGGGAGGCGCAAAUGAAGAAGGCUGGGAGGGAGCUGCAGUAUUUGGAGGAACAGGAGAGGAUAGAGGCCGAGGGUGGUGGGGAGGAGAGUGUGUAGCGAUAAGCUUCAUGGGUAGAAUGAAGGUAGUUCCGGGGGGUAGCAAAGAACCCUAUAAAUGUAAUAUAUACUGUACAGUCAGGAAUCUAAUCGUUAGGUACAAGACCUAAAUAGGAAAUACUUUCGAACGAGCUUCCUCGUCGUCUUGGUCAACGACGUACACAAACCGAGCGGCGUCAGAGAUGAGAGUGGACCUUGAUCAAGGCAAGAGUUUGAUUAUCAAUACUAAAUUUGCAGGGGCCCAGCCAUCAACGUUCUGAUCAACAAGAUCCUG